AUGAACACUUUCGCCACGUCAUUGAUGUCCGCCUACAAUGUCUCCCAACAGCACGCUCGUGUAGCGCUGAUGGCUGUCGGAAGUGGUAAAGCGGGUUCGAUACCAGUGGCAUACUUCAACAGCAUCGAUUCGAACAAGAGUCUGGUGAAAUAUAUUAACACGAUCGAAGAUUACGCGGACUUCGAAAAUGACGGUCAGGCAAUUGCACGAGGAUUGACCACUGCUGUGACGGCUGACUUCAUGAGAGCCGGAUAUCGAAACGAAAUCAAGAAUCAUGUGAUCGUUUACAUCACAGCUACCACAAAGUUCGACGAUGAUCCGACAAGUGUUGUGAGCAUGAUCCGUAUGACGGGCGCUUACGGUAUCGUCACUGUGGGCUAUGGUCCGAGUGUAACCGAUGAGGCUGCCCUUCAGAGCGAAUGGUGGAAAAUACUGCUUAUGAACCAAACGGCUUCCCUUGAAGAAAAUUUCCAAGGUUGUGCGUCGAAUCAAUAA